AGGAAAAGCGACGGCGACGCCGACGACGUUCCGGCCCGGGUUGCCGGAGCUGCCGGUCGAACGCGUUCCAUAGCGCGUUUACAACCUCGGGUCGGGUCCGAACCUUCCGAAACAUGGAGUCCGUCUCGAGUGCGUUACCCCAGACGAAGCAGUUCUCAGCGCUGACCGCAGACAGCAACGCCGAGCGACAGCACAGCCCGCAAGUGACGCCGCGCACUAUCCGAAAUGUCGUCUGUUCACCGUGGGCGUAGCUCGGGCAGCGCGGCCUUCCACGGCGGCGACGACGCAUCGACCGCUUUUCGUCGAGAGCGACCGAGGAAGGCGGCAUGGCCCUGACGGGGGGCCCAGCGGUCCCCUUGGAGCCCUGGAACCUCAAGGUCAAGCAGGAGCCAGAGUCUGACGUUGAGGAGGAGGAGUACGUGACACCCGACCUGUACGGCGUCCCUAACGCCCUUUAUUUGGAUGAUAAGAUCAAGAAGGAAGAAAGGCGAAGCCCGUCCCCGGGAGCGGUGCUGCCGGACCUUGCAGUGUCGACGGACGACGAGUCUUUGUCUCGAGAGAAUGCGGCCACGGAAGGAGCAAAUGUUGCGGCGGAUGAUGACUCCCAGGAAGUUCCGCUGCAGGUCUGCUUGUCGACUGGGAAAGAGUCCUGGCUGGGAGCAUUAGGGAACCUCAACCAAAGCCUCCAAGAGAAGAACGACGGUGCCAACAACGGCUCGGACAAGGAGAGCGGGGCGAGGGGCGUCGGGGCUGCGAACAAGGCGCGCCGGCGCGGGCCCCUGCAGUGCCCGCUGUGCCCCUACUCGACGGGCAAUGCGACCACCAUGCGGGAACAUCUGCCCGUGCACACCGGGGAGCGGCCCCACCGCUGCCCCACCUGCGGAAAGCGCUUUGCCCGCCAGAAGUACUUCAGGGUCCACCUGCGGCUGCACGACAAGAACGGCGACAACGAGGGGAGCGGCGGGGAGGGCCAGCACGCCUGCCCCACGUGCGGGGAGACCUUUGCCCGGCGGCAGUUUCUGGUGCGCCACGUGCAAGCGGUGCAUGUGGAGGGCGGGGCUGGCAACGUGUGUCCCCAGUGCCACAAGCGCUACAAGUACGUGGGCAACCUGCGCACCCACAUGCGCACCCACACGGGCGAGAGGCCCUACAUGUGCGACGUGUGCGGCCUGCGCUUCACCUGCUCCAGCUACCUGCAGGUGCACCUGCGCACGCACGUGCGGGACAAGCCGUACGUGUGCCGGGAGUGCCACAAGAGCUUUGUGCACAACUCGGCCCUGACGGUGCACCUGCGCAGCCACACCGGGGAGCAGCCCUACCAGUGCCCCCACUGCCCGCUGCGCUUCAGCCACCUGCGGAACAUGAAGCGCCACGAGAUCUGCAUCCACACCCGCCGCUUCCCCCACUCGUGCCCCCUGUGUGGGCGGGGCUUCCUGGUGGUCACCCACUGGAGGGCCCACAUGGAGGCGCACGGGGCUGCACCCGCCCCGACGGAGGACCCCAAGGGGGACUAGGGUGCCGAACGGCACGCUUCGCCGCAUGGAGUUUGCUGCAGGUUGAGAAAAGCGGGACAAGUCCCUCCCACCAGGGCAACUUUUUUAUUUAUGGAAAAAAAACACAUACGCCGGCUUAUUUUAAGAGGAAAUGUUUAAUUCCUGGUGGAAUAGCAAAUCCUCACAGGCAAUGAUUCGUUCGUGACUUCACACCUCUCUGCAGACCCCCCAAGCCUGACCCGUAAAUCUGCCCCUGCAGCGGUGGCAUAGGUGGGGGAGCUUAUCAAACUUGAGCCUACCCCUUUCCCCCCCCCAAUAAUUCAGCCAAGACUAUAACAUGCAGCGGGUGGUCGUAUGGACCGAAACAUUUGUCAUGCCUUGCAAAAUUCGAAGUUCAUAGUUCAUACGUACAAACCUGAAAUUGAGCAUGCUAACAUAGUUUCGUGAGAAGCUUUUUGUCUAUCUUUUGUUUUAAGGUCAACGCAGAGCUAGCGAAAUAUAUUAAAAAUGAAGCAAAAUCGGAGGCCAUAUAUGUUCUAUGUCCUAUACCAGCCUGCUUGUUGUCUGCACACUGGUUUACGAGCUCGCUCCCUGGUGGCUUGUUGAACGCAAAAAACACUCAGCACCAAUAUUAAAGGCUGACAAUGAGCGAGAUCAUCGCGAUAAUUAAUACUUUUAAUGAAAUCUAUUUAGAGUGACUAUCUGGGAGCGAGCUCAUAAACCGGUGUGUAGACGACAAACGUUUGGUAUAGGCCAUAGAAAAUGCCCGGCCGCCAUUUUUGCUCUAUUUCUAAUAUUUUAUUACCUCUGAAUUGAGCUCUGAAAAAAGUAGACAUAAAACUAUGUUUACGUGCCCAAUUUCAGACAUGUACGUUUGGAAUGGGAAUUUUGCAGGACGUGCCAAAUGUGUUGGUUCUUAAGGCCGCACCCUAUACAUAUUGCAUUGUGCCCCUCCCCCAUACCCUAAGAUUAUUGUGGCCAUCCCCGCAAGGAAAGAAAAUGUCUGGUUAUACCAUUGCCUCCCACAAAGCUCUGCUCGCCACGAUGGGUGGUUUCCUCCUUUUCCUGGGGGGCUUGUUGGGAGGAGUUUGUCCCGCUUUUCUUAAUAUGCAGAUGCCUCAAGUGCCUGGACUGGAAGGCAUUCCAGAACUCUGGAGUGGAGUUGUAGGCCUGCGAUGUUUGUAGUAUAGGUGUCUGGAAUGUUGGCUCAUACCUGGCCUCACAUUACGACGUGCUAGAGGCCAAAUCUGGGGGCCGCCAGGUCCAGUCACAAGCCAGUUGCUUCCUCACACCUUCGAGAUGCGCGUACUGAUGCACGUGCCGAAGUGGACCUGGCAGUGUGUAGCUUUGGCCUCUGGUCCAUCAAGGGUGAGCUAAACUAUGGCCGAAGGAAUUUGGUAAAGGGUAUCAUAAAUUGAUCUGGCUAUGGAACUAUAAUCUUUCUAAAGUGGACGAAUGUCUAAGAACCAAAGUAGGACCACUGACUGGAUUGUGCUACCCUAAAACACUUAAGUGUGUGCCCUCCAAAGGUUAAUUGGGAGGUAGGAUGCCUAUUCAAGUUGUCACGCAACUCGCUGCAGGGUGACCUUGAGAAUCCGUCCAGGGGCUUUUCACGGUGCAAAAAUGAAUCGCAGAAUGCCGAAAGUUUGCCGGAAGGUAGCCUUGACACUGAAGGCUAAAUGCAAAGGUUUCAUGUGCCCGUUACAUUAUGUUGAAUCAAAAUGUGAAAGCUGUUUCUAAGGCUGCCGUUCUUUGUCGGUGGAAAAAAUCAAGUGGCUGUACGUCGUACCAUAACUUAUAGUGACUUGAUUCUAUGCGAUUCAGGCACUGUUUUCCAACGAGCCUGAUAAUAGAAGACAGCUUCCACUGCUAGAAAAGCUGCUGCCACCUGAUCCUGUCGAGUCAUUUGAGCAGGUUUUUAGAAAUGUUGUUCCUAACUUUCAAUUUGGGAGGAUGUUUCGGGUGCAACUUUGGCAUUUGGCUUCUAGUGCCGGAGCUGCCAUCUGGUAAAAUGUUGGCCACGUGCAAUGCUCAAUUCAUUUAUGCGCCACAGAAAACCCCCGAGAAGAUUUUUGGGCAUGCAUCCUCUACUUUGUACGGCCUGACCAGUUUUGCAAUUUGGAGGGAGAAAAAGAAGAGUGGGUGCACGAGUGCGUGGAGAGCACAGUCUUGUGGUACCAGCUCUGCAACGAAGCCUGUGCUCUCUGAAGACAUUCAUGUGGCUCUUGGUUGACACAGAUGCUCGUCCCCUGCAUUUUCCAAACUAAGCCAAGACAGAAAAUGUGCAUCCUUUCUGGUUAACGUCUUUUAUGUGGCCACAUGAAAGAACUAAUUUGGGCCGGGAUGUUUAGGACGGUCUAGGCUAGUUGACCGGGCAAGGUGCAAGCUCCAUCCGGUGCAUGGUCGUCACCACCGGAGAGCUCGCACACAUCCACGGCGGCAACAGUACAAUGUUUAAAAGCGACAUUUGUUGUCUUAGCCAGUGCCAGCCAGACCCAUUCGAUGUGUCGGUGACAAGUGUCAUACAGUGAGCUCUUACGAUAAUCUUGGGACUGCAUUGGUUCUACUAACUGACCACUAGCACUUGCCUCAUGGUUGACUGGGAGCAAUCGCUCUGCCAGUUGUUCGGUUUUCUUUGGUGGCACCUGAUUUAAAGACACAUUGUUGACAUGUUUGCCUUGCUGUUUAUAGGAAGAACUGACCUAGUCUGGGGGAAGCCACGAGUUGAAGUCAUGGGAGCGUGCCGGCAGAAAGACAUAUCCCGCUUGUACCACUACUGACGAGGCGCCGGCAGACGCAAGCGCGUCUGCCGGCGCCUCGUCAGUUUGCCGGCAGGCGCAAGGUUUACAAAAGUUGGGUGGUUGGGAAUGUUGCUGGCUGUUUUUGUUGACAUUGUUUCAUUGUGUCGAGAGUUGACAGAGACUGGGGAGGAAAUCAAUCCGGUUACGCCGGUCUAUUGAUUUCAAGCAUUGCUUUUUCUCACAGUGUUCCCAUUAGUGUCUCCCCAAGGUGUGUCAUCUUUUAGUGCAGGCAACCUUCAUAGCCUAAGGGGCAUUUCAGAGUACCGUUUUCUCGCAAUUGAUUGGGAAGAUGCCUUGGUAUCGGUACUUUCCAAAACGGCUCUGAAGGUAAAACCAUACGCUGCGUGAAACGCUUGCAGGCUCUUUGGAAGAGUAGGGUUAUAAAUCAACAUUUGUUACGCAUUGGGGUGGAGACCUGCUGCUUUUGCUCCAAGGGAAUUUGUUUUGGGCAAAACCUAUAUAGAGUGCUCGCUAGUCACAUAAAUCUAUUUGGAGUGUGACUUAGUCGCUUCUGUUUGUUGCGCCUCGGCUUCUUUGCCAGGCAACCUUGCUGUUGAUGUAUAUAGUAGUUGUUAUCUAGUCCACCUUUUGCUUUAUCAUUAGUGGGAACGAGGCCAAAGAUACGAGGGCAAACUCGAAGUUUGGAGGAUGUUUAGUGUGCUCUUGUGCAGUGCAAGCCCUCAUUCGAGUCAACAUGCUCCUGCUUGUAGCGUUGGCAUCACUUUUUAUUAAUUUAGGAUGAACCUGGGUACAAACCCUUUGCAUCUCAAUGUCAACCACGCUGACUAAGAAAGGUAAUGAAUUUGCGUUAUCACAUUUCUUUAGACAGUCUCGCUCUCGCAGCCUCGAGUGUUCCUUGUAAGUCAGUUGUGGCUUUGGCAUAGCUAAGUAUUCCAUAAACACACGCUGGCAUCUAGUCCUAACGGCACAAGAAGCAGUCUCGAGACUACUUCCAAAGUCCAGUUGCUCACUCCAGUUUGAGUGGAGCUUGCUGCUUUUGCCUGGUUCAGCUUUUUGUUCAUCGGAUAGUACAAACUGUCAGUUAUCCAAGUGCCAUAUGCCGCCUCUGCAUGCAUUCCUACCUAGAGACUGUAUGUACCUCGGCGGAGCAAGGGGUGGCCGCUACCCACACCUUUUCUUAUUUCUUUCGUAUCGGGCAUCCUUUCCUAGGCACAGCACCAGACAGGUGUAAUUUACGCCUGGAAGUGAGGGGGGGACACCUCAUGCACCUUGUUUUUGUUGACCUCAUAUUCCUGUUAGAUAUAUGCCUAGUGUUACGAAGUUACUCGGAAGUUAGAGGGUUUAUCGAGAUAGCUGCUGUAGUAUCUAGUCAGUGUCGAUCCGACAGUUUUUCUUUCGUACGCGAAGUUGCUCGUCGAUAGGUUAAUUUGUACUGGGCUUUUGAUUUUUGCUGCAUUCGAGAGUUUUUAUGGUGAGCGUUGUUCGAGGAUGUUUAGUCUGUGCAGACGUUUUUCUAUGAGGAGAUACUAGGAAACGGCACAAAAGUCGGGACAUCUCCCUUCCCCCUUUUUGUUUCUGUAGGAGGGGAGGUUUGUAGGGAGAUUGAUAUGCCCAAUCUUCAGACAGCAUCAAUGUAUCAACAGCUGCAUGUUUGUGGUAAGGUAGUGUCACCUCGAAAAGCUGUCAGCCUUUUCUUUUGGAGUGUAUUUGAUCAUUAGGCCUGUGCCCUAGAAACGUUUUUAGCCGUGAUAGUUGUCUCACUGGGUUUUGGUAAAAACCUGCUCUCGUGGGUUUCUGAUAAAGAUGAGGUUAGCAACUGCAGAGAACAUUAAGAAAAGCUGGAGAACUUUCACCGUAUCCGAGACUGAGAAAUACCUGAAGGGGCGUCUUGUUCCUACACGUGUUCCUCGAUCUCAAAUAUUCAAUCGAAAACGGAAAAAAAAAAGUUUUUUUAAAAACAUGUUUGAGCAAUUUUAUUGUAUAGAAAAUUGUUUGACUGAUAGGAAGAAUUAGCCAGGCAUGGCCUAUCGCGAGCAAGUAUUUGCAUGAAAUUAACUGAUGAAUUUGAUUUCUUGCUGUUCUGGUCUUAUUUCGUGAGCUAUUUUUGCUCCUUAUUUUGUCUGUCCUGGAACGUGUUGAUUAAUAAACAAAGUUAUGUGCCACAGC